CCAAUCACCUCGGGCUCCCAUUUGAUUGGAAGGCGGCAAAGGCUUUAAUCUCCCCCUCGGUGCAGCUGCUUUUGAAGUGAGUUUCCUCGCCAGAGCCCCGGCUGGACAGGCAGCGGCUCACAUCGCAGAGCGCAGCGCCAGCGCUGGGCCGCGAGUGCGCAGCGCAGGGGCACAGUCCGAGGAGGACACCGCGAGCCACCCAGCACUCCUGCAGUCGGGCCGGCUCCUCCCGCUCGGCCGCGGCUCCGCUGCGGGCCACCCAGGAUUAUUCGCUUCUGGCUCCAGGCGCCGAGAAGGCGCGCUGGGCGCCCCUGGCCGCCGCGCCAGCUCCUCCUCCUGCUGCUGCUCCUGCUCCCCGGGCGAGCGCGCAGCCCCGAGCCCGCCCCGAGCCUCCCGGAGCCCUCCCCCCGCUGCUCCCAUGCGCGCGGGUGGGUCAUGAGCACAGCGCCCUCGCUUUCUGCCCUAAGAAGCAGUAAGCACAGCGGCGGCGGCGGCGGCAGUGCGGACCCUGCCUGGACCAGCGCGCUCUCUGGAAAUAGCUCUGGCCCCGGCCCAGGCUCGUCCCCGGCCGGCAGCACCAAGCCUUUUGUGCACGCCGUGCCCCCCUCUGACCCUCUCCGCCAGGCUAACCGCCUGCCCAUCAAGGUGCUGAAGAUGCUGACGGCACGGACUGGCCAUAUUUUGCACCCCGAGUACCUGCAGCCCUUACCGUCCACUCCCGUCAGCCCCAUUGAGCUUGAUGCCAAGAAGAGCCCGCUGGCGCUGUUGGCGCAAACAUGCUCGCAGAUCGGGAAGCCCGACCCCUCGCCCUCCUCCAAACUCUCCUCGGUCGCCUCCAAUGGGGGCGGCGGGGGCGGUGCCGGCGGCGGUGCUGGGGGCGACAAGGACGCAAAGUCGGGCCCCCUCAAGCUGAGCGACAUCGGCGUGGAAGACAAGUCGAGUUUCAAGCCGUACUCUAAACCCGGCUCGGAUAAGAAGGAGCCGGGAGGCGGCGGCGGCGGGGGCGGCGGGGGCGGCGGAGGGGGGGUUUCGGCGGAGAAGUCCGGAUUCCGGGUACCGAGCGCCACCUGUCAGCCAUUCACGCCCAGGACAGGCAGCCCAAGCUCCAGCGCCUCGGCCUGCUCGCCUGGAGGCAUGCUGCCUUCGGCCGGGGGCGGCCCAGAGGGCAAGGACGACAAGAAGGACCCCGACGCUGGCGGCGGCGGUGGCAGCAGCAAGGGCUCCGGGGGUGCCUCGGCCGAAGGUGGACCCACGGGAUUGGCGCACGGCCGGAUUAGCUGCGGCGGCGGGAUUAAUGUGGACGUGAACCAGCACCCAGAUGGGGGCCCCGGGGGCAAGUCUCUAGGCUCGGACUGCGGCGGAUCAUCGGGCUCCAGCUCCGGCUCGGGCCCCAGCGCGCCCACCUCCUCCUCGGUGCUGGGCUCUGGGCUGGUGGCACCUGUAUCGCCCUACAAGCCGGGCCAGACAGUGUUCCCUCUGCCUCCCGCGGGCAUGACCUACCCAGGCAGCCUGGCUGGGGCCUACGCCGGCUACCCGCCCCAGUUCCUGCCACACGGCGUGGCGCUCGACCCCACCAAGCCCGGCAGUCUGGUUGGGGCGCAGCUGGCGGCGGCCGCGGCGGGCUCUCUAGGCUGCAGUAAGCCGGCCGGCUCGAGCCCCUUGGCCGGGGCGUCGCCGCCGUCCGUGAUGACAGCCAGUUUGUGCCGGGACCCGUACUGCCUGAGCUACCACUGCGCCAGCCACCUGGCAGGGGCGGCGGCAGCCAGCGCAUCGUGCGCGCACGAUCCGGCCGCUGCGGCCGCGGCGCUCAAGUCCGGAUACCCGCUGGUGUACCCCACGCACCCGCUGCACGGCGUGCACUCAUCGCUAACGGCUGCCGCCGCUGCCGGCGCCACGCCGCCCUCCCUGGCCGGCCACCCCCUCUACCCCUACGGCUUCAUGCUUCCUAACGACCCGCUCCCCCACAUCUGCAACUGGGUGUCGGCCAACGGGCCGUGUGACAAGCGCUUCGCCACGUCCGAAGAGCUGCUGAGCCACUUGCGGACCCAUACGGCCUUCCCCGGGACAGACAAACUGCUGUCGGGCUACCCCAGCUCGUCGUCUCUAGCCAGCGCCGCAGCGGCCGCCAUGGCUUGCCACAUGCACAUCCCCACGUCCGGCGCUCCGGGCAGCCCCGGGACGCUGGCGCUGCGUAGCCCCCACCACGCGCUGGGACUCAGCAGCCGCUACCACCCCUACUCUAAGAGCCCGCUCCCUACGCCCGGCGCUCCCGUGCCCGUGCCCGCCGCCACCGGACCCUACUACUCCCCCUACGCCCUCUACGGACAGAGACUGACCACGGCCUCGGCACUGGGGUAUCAGUGAGGGCUGUCGGGAGGGCUAGCGAGGGAGAGAAAGGAGCUGGGGGGAGGGGAGGGGCGGGAACAGGGCAGAGGCUACUGUCACCCGCGCUUGGGGAUGACCCGGGCCAGGAAAGGAAAAAAAUAUAUACCGUAUCUAUCUACCCGAAACAGCGACCGAGACCCGGUGGGAAACUUCCCUUUCCCCCACCUCUCACCUCCCCACCCAAACUUUAUAAAAGUUGAAAAAAUAUCAUUUGACUUUUUAUAGAAAAAGAAGGAAAAAAUAAUUGAGAAAGUGUUCAUCUGAGGACUGCAUCGGUGGACACUGGUAUUUAUUUAUGUUAGCUCCAAGCGGACCCGUGGUUCAAAAGUGCAUUAUUUAGUUUGAGCUCCGUAGGUUAAAAAAAGAGGAGGGGGAAAAAAUUAAAACUUGAGGGUAAAAAUGUGGAAAACAAACCCUCCCGUCCCUUGUAGAUUAUAAAUAAAUACAAAACCGCCACAGAACUAGAGGUCUUCUCUUUAAUGUUACUUUAAAAUUGCUAUGAUUGUAUUGUACGUUCUUAUUUAAUGUCUGAUUGAAACACAAAUUUACAUGCAUGUUUGUUACAAAAAAUGAAAAACAAAGCAAGUCACAAUUUGUCAGCUCUGAUUUCAAAUUGCAAUUAUUUUUAAGGUGUAUACCAUCGAAAGAGAAUGGGUAUUUUUUUGUAUGUAUUCUGGAAGAAAACAAAAAAAAGGAAAAUUCUAUUCCAAAACCUCAUUUGCCUUAUUUUGUUCUUUAAAAGGAACACAACUAUUUUUAAUUUUUAAGUCCACCCGCUGAGAAGGGGACAAGUAAGGUUUACGUCGUGUACUAAAAUAAUAGACAAUGUAUCGCUUUAAAGAUUAAAAUUCCGUAUAUUUGAUGUAUUAAAAGGUUUUACUUCUUCUUAUCUUUUUUAUUUUUUGGUUAAAGAGAAAGAAAAGCAUGACAGUUUCGGCCUCAGUGGGUUCCCUGGGCCUCACGGCUACUCCUUCCCAGGACGGUGGCCGCGUUUCCGAUUGUUUUGUUGUGAUUUUCAGGAACAGGCAAAGGCUUCGGAAGGACUGGCCAGUCGUGGGGUUGGCCUUGGGGAAAAUAUUCUUAAAGAGGGGAUUCCACAAUUUGGAAAGAUAGUGUCCUUAGCUAUUGCUCAUUUCGUUUUUAAUUUUCCUCCCAGCAGCUGGUUUGUUAAAAGUGAAAGAAGAAAAAAAAAGAGGAAGAUUUUUUUUUUUAAUUUCCCUCUUGAGAUUUUGGGGAGUUUAGGUUUCGUUUUGUGCAGAGAGCGGCGCAGGCUGGGACUAGCCCGCCUGGCCUCUGCCCCGGGGAGGUGCCGCUGCCCGCUGUCCCUCUCCACUUUCCAAGUAUCUCCUGUCCCGGGCGGGCAGCGAGGGGACGGAGGGCGCUUGGGAAGCUGUUUCUCAGGCGUGGGGGGAAGGCGCCGAACCCUCUUGUCCCUCGGGGGAAAGUGAGUUCGCUCUCCUUUUCUUCUUCUGGCUGCCGAGAGCCAGAGGUGGCCGCCAGCCGACCCCCUCCGGCGCCCCGCGGGCUCCUUCCUCUCUCCGGAGUCUGGACCCGUGGCAGGCCGGCGCCGCGGCUGCUUUGGCGCGUCCCGAUUUCUCUGCAGCCCGCGCUCUAUCCCAGUCUGCGCCGCAGGAAAGCGCGCCGGGGCACGGGACCCGGAAGCCCCUUCAAAUACGGCCCCGCGAGGGUCCUGGCGCCCAUUCUUGGCUUCCCCGGGGCGACCAGGUAGGUGCCGAGGGCCGUUCUGGGCUGCGAGCUCCGCUCCGAAAAGGCGCGGUGGGACCCUCCGUCUGGGCGCGGAUCCCCGCCGUGCGCGCCUGUCCCUUCUCCCCAACUUGAGCGGCGGGACUGAGCUGCCUAAAACGCCAAUGGAACCACGCAGAGAAGACCCCUACUCUUUUUUGGGGAUGGGGGCGUCCAAGGCCCACACCCCCAACUCCCCCUGCUGCUCACACACACACUCAUACUCUAGGCCUGGGCGCUCGCCCUCCCGGGUCCGCGGGAGCUCUGGGCCCAGAGCACGCCUUUCCUGGGGUCCCCGGACCACGGAGUCGCGGCGCUGAACGCGCACCCCGAACUCCCCUCUCUCUGGGCUCAGGCUGUUCUGGGUUUCCCAGCUACCGGCCUCCCUCUGCGCCAAGCUCCCCCUGCUGCCUGGGGAGGCUCAACCGCCCUGCGGAAGCCGCCCUCGGCCUCGGGCCUGGGACUUCGGUCGGUGAGCCGCGCGGCCCUCGCCACCAUUUGCUCGCGGGUUUGUGGCUGAGGUUUUCCACCCUCCUUCCAGCGUCGGCCUCAUGGCUGCCGGGCCUCUUCCCGGGUUGCACGCAAAGCAGCUCCGGCGACCUCCAGGCUGCCGCGGGGAGCUCCCAGGCCCGCGCCUGUCGAGGACUUGGUGGAUACUAAGGCCCCGUCGCCGCCUCCCCAGAGAGGGGCAGCCUCCAGCGCCUCCGACCCUCCCGACUCUGAGAACAAGGGCUGGCGCCCGAGGAGGACCCUGGCCGGCGGUGUGUGGGACGCCGCGACCCUGCUCCCACUCUGGUCCAGCUAAGAAAGGCUGGGCUG